AUGAACGGAAACAGAGAAGCAGAUGUGGGAAUCAGAUUGGACGUGACAGUACUGACGUGUGUUACUGCAGUUCACUCAUUGAGAACCGCUCAACACUCCAAAUCAAAGCCUUCCGCCCAUCAGUCUCGGACGUUCCUGGUUCAGCUCAAACGGCAAUCCCAGACUCUGAAAGAAACCCCUUCAGCAACAACAGGAGCCGUUCCUCCUCCUGGUGCAAACCUGCAACUCACAAACCUCCCAUAUUUCAUUCGUCGCACAGCAUCAAACCAACUCCCCGUGUACCUCGUCACAAAAGCUGGCGGUACCAAGCAACAGACCAAGAUUCAGAAGACGGAAGGUGAUCUAGAAGCAUUGAGGAGCGACCUUGCGCGGUAUCUCGGUCUUGAAAGCGGCGACCCUCGCUCGCCAAAAAGCCCGGACGUCACUAUCAACCGUCUCAAUGGCCAUAUUAUCGUCAAGGUAUGCCAGUGGAUAUACCUCGCGCGGUCCAGUGCUGUCUUUCUGCUCUAUCCAUCCAAUCGCUAA